UUCUAUUUGACUCUAGGUAGUAUGCUUGCUAAAAGAAAAGCUUAAUGCAGAUUUAGAAUGCCUUACUAUAAGAGUUGCUUAGAUCAAAAGGGCCACUGAUGACUUCAGACUUUCUGCUCAUUGUAUUUGAAAGCUGUAAUCUGUUCUGAGUCCAUAAAUUGGGGGGAGAGUAAAAAAUCAAAGAAGGUAAGGAGUGGUUAUGAGUGCACACUAUGUCAUUUGAGGACCAAUGAAAGGAAAACAUUGAAAUAAUUAGAUCUUCUGGUGAUUACUUUAUAGUUUGAUUCUACUAUUUCAAGGCUUGCAAUGUCUCUAAGGAGUAAGAUUAAUUUUGUGUGAAUCCUAAGGACAAAACUACAACUGUGGUACAUCUUAAGGGAAGUUGACUUGCAUUCAUAAAUCAAAUGAAACAGCCUUUGGAGCAAAGCAGGUCUGGAUUUUAAUUCUGACAUCAGAAUUGGCUUUGGCAAAAAGAAGGAAACUUCUGAGCCUCAUUUUCUUAAUGCGCUAAAUUAAGAAAUGUGCUAAUGGGCUUAAUAAAGCCCAUUUCAUUUUAUGAGUUGGUAAUAAUGUAUGUAAAUCGCUUAGCUCCUGGCAUAGGUAAAUAUUCAUCAAAUAAUUAUGGUUAUAGAUACUAUUGAUAAAAACAAGUGAUUGCUGACAUUGGAAAUGUUCAAGUGCAUGGUGGUCCGGUGGAAAUAUGACAGAGGAGGGGUUGAAUUUAACCUAGGAUCAAUGGCAAGAUUUCCCCCCUCUGCCUUAUCCUGAUAUCUCUGUUCCCCACGACGUUUACUUGCCUUACAAAGCAGCUAGGUCCAGUCUAUUUUAAUUAGGUUUAAUUUACACUCUUUCAUUGAUUUCUGGAAGUCAUUUGAUUUGGAAGUUAGAAGGCCACGGUGUGAGGGGCAUAGCUGUGGCAACUGAGAUACUGUAACAGCAAGAAAUGACAAUGUUCAGGAGUGGGUUGACUUCUCAUUUAUGGCUCCGUGAGUUACUCAGGGAGGAGGCGAAAGUUAGAAGGGUCGGUUAAGGUAUUAGAGACAAAAGUGGGGGGGGGGAAUCAAACAUACCUCCACUACUUCAAACUACACUAGGCUCUUGGCAAGAGCCCCAGGAAAAAUGGGACACUAGGCAGCACCGUGGGGCGGGUCCGGACUUGCUGAUGGAGUUAAAGACCAGCAGUUUGGAGACUUAGAGACCCAUGCCCUCGGGUACCAGGUUUACAGGUUGGGUUGAGGGAACAAAAUACAAAGAGCAGAGAGCGCUCACAAGGGAAAAUAGGUCAGAGGGCCACAGAAGGGAGACAAAGGUGGCUGUCCCUCGCCGCAGCUCGCUGUCUGCCCUGGGAUGGUGGCCACAGCCUGAGCAGCAGGGCCCCGGGUUGUCUGGCCCUAGGCGCCCACGUUGCCCAGGGCGAGCCGCCCCGCAGUUCCUCCGCAGCUCUCCUCGAGUCACCCGGCUGCUAGUCGGUCCUGCUGGGGCACUUCUGGAAACCCGUGGGCGGGCGGCACCUCGGUGUGACUUUGAUCUUGGCCUUGAUAACCCGCUGCGGCGCCCCGCCUCCUUUCCUCCCGCGGGUCACCCGCCCUCGCCGGCCCCGGUGCGCUCAGCCCGGGGUCGACCAGAACUCCGCGGUGCGGCUGCCCGCAAGACCCGGAGCGCGGAGCAGCUCCCCGCCCGGCGCGCGCUCACCCUCCCGCUUGCCCGCUCGCGCCUGGCGCCCGCUCUGGGCAUGCGCGGCGCGCGGCUGGCUGUGGCCGCGAGCAGGCGGCAGCUCCAGACUUCGCGGCAGCGGCGAGCGCGGCGGUCUCGUCAGGGCGCGAGGCCACCUAUAAUAUAUCCCUUAUUGGACUGCUUUUCUCUGUUCCCUAUAGCAGUGGAAACAUAUGAAUUGGAUCUUGUCUUCACUUUUGAGGGAAGGGGAAAAAAAUCCCUGGGCAUCAUCAGAAGAGCCAUUGAAGUUUUCAUGGAAGAAGUAAAACUUGAGCUAGGCUUGGAAGGAAGAAAAAAGGAUGGAAGGAAAGUGUUUCGGAUAGAGGAAGGCAGGAUCUUUUCAGGCCUAGGAAUCAUCUUGAGCUAAGAUAUAGGAAUGGGAAUUAGAGAAGAUUCCAGAUGAUGACAGUCUCUAGACUAGAAGCUAGGCAGACACACUUAGAUUUAGCAUUGAGAUAGUAGGGAACUAUUUUAGGUUCUUGACUCCUGGGAGUGUUUUGUGAAUUGUUAAAGGGAAAUGUAUGUUUAAAUAGGAGUAAUUUAGAGGCACUGACAGGAGGUAUGUGGGGAGGGGUAAUCCUUGAGAGUUAAUAAUACCUAAGUAAAGAAUUAAGUGAGGGUAUUACACAUGUCAAAAUAUACCAUAUCGUUGGCUGUAUAGAGUACUUCAACACGUUUAAAAGGAAGGAAAUCAGGCAGAAUCCUCUGCGAACAUGAUGGAAUCGCAUUGUAAACCAAUAACAGAAAUGUAAUGAAUCUCCAAACAUUUAGAAAGUAACCAGCAUGCCUCUAAAUAAUUCAUAGGAUAAAGAAGAUGUCUCAAGAGAAAUAAAUAUAUUUAACCAAGUGAAAAUUAAAACCUUACACUAAAACGUGUGAGUCACAACUAAAGCAGUCUCAGAAAAAACAAUAAAACAACAAAACCAAGGAUCCCCCCCCCCACCCCCACACACAUACACAGAAAACCUCUCUAACAGAAAUGCAAGUUGCUUUGGAUUCCUUUGAAGCCACCAGUCAGUCGAUGGGGCCAAAGAAAGAAUCUUCCAGCUCUGGGACAGGUGAAUAGAGGCUUUCCAAACUAAAAAGUAAAGAGAGAGAAGAAUGAAAAAAAAAAUGCAACAUAGCAUGUUAGAACUUAGCCACAACCACAGAGGGUAUAAUGUGUACAUCAUGGGACUGUAAUACCAUAAGGAAAAGAAAAGGAUUAAAAGAAAUAUUUGAAAUAAAAGUGGCUGAGUGUUUUCCAUAAUUAAGGAGAGACACCGAGCACCAAAUCUGUAGCUGACAUAUCUUCUUCAUAGAACAGAAGUCCAAAGACCAAGAGAAGAUCUUGAAAGAAGCCAGAGGGGACAGAAACUGUCCUCUUACUUUUAGAGAAACAAGGGUAAGAAUUAAUAUUGAAUAUCUCUUCAGGAACCUUGUCCCUCCUCCAAAAAAAGACUAUAGUUAAAUAUUUAAAGUGUAGGAAGAUGAAAGCAGAAAAUCACCAGAAUUCUGUAUCCAGCAAAAUUAUUAUUCAAAAGUGAAGGAGAAACACAGACUUUCUCAGACAAAACAAUGAUGAUGACAACACAAUUGAGAAUUUGUCACAGGUAGAAGGCAUGGUCAAAAUAU